UCAGGGUUUGUCAGGAGUGGAGUCAGCAGCAGCAUUUGUAAUCAGGAUCAGCAGCAGGUAGACAGAGAGAGAGAGAGAGAGGAGAGCAGGCAGGCAAACCGAGCGAGAGCUUUGUUUAACUGCGCCACGCUGUCCUCGCAGGAGAAAGACGAGUGGAGCAGCAGCAGUACACACACAGACGCAACGUGCUCAGCACUUUCCACCUCCCUUCUCCUUCCUACCUCCCCCCCACCCCCCCUUUACACUUUUAUAUGAAGCUAUAAAACCCAAACUCUGCCGUUCGACAGAAACUCUAAAAAGAAGUGGAAUAGGAUGAAAGCUGCGAGGAAAGACCGACUGUGAAUCUGGUUGGGGGGGCGGUGGAAUCCCGUUUGAAUCUCUAUUGUGUGUGUCUGUGGAAGGGGAAAAGACCCCAUCUGUGUGAAUGAGUGAGUGAUUGAAUGCGGAAUGGUUCUCUAGAUGCCUCGCUCGUUCGAACAAAAAAGGGGGCUAAAGCAUGGCAUCUUUCUUAACAGAGCUCACAGCCAGCUCCUUUUUUAUUCCUGUCGCAUCCAGCUCCCAAAACCUCUCUGUGCAGAUGUAUGGGCUUUUAUUAUUUAUUUUUUUUAACCAACAAAACAGUUGUUGGGGGGCGGGGGGAUGGUGUUGGAGGAAUGGAGUUCAUCAGAAACUGGGAUUUCUUGACACGAGGUGAAAUGGAGAAAGUUUUUGUGUGUGUGGCUUUCGUCUUCCCACCCCCCCCCCCCUUUCCCAUCCUCACCAUCACAAAAAAAAAGUUUAUUUUAAGUUAGCGAACUACCUCUUGGGAAUGUUCAUCUGACAGAUGGGCUUAGUUUGAACUGGGAAUACCCUUCUUUGCAAGUUCCUCUUCCACUGCAACAAAAGGGACAGUGUUCAACCACUUGUCAAUGGCGGCAAAUCUUCACCAGUAGCCAGAGGAGACCAGGGGACAUAGCCAUGUCAGACAGCGAGACGGGAGAAGACGAUGGUAGCUUGCUUUCUGACAUGGCUCAUUCCAAGAAGAGGAAGCGGCAUGUGAUAUUUUCUAAAGAGUCGGUGAAGAUCCUGCGGGACUGGCUGUACGAACACCGACUGAACGCCUAUCCAUCAGAGCAAGAGAAGCUCAGCCUGUCUGGACAGGCGAAUCUGACAGUAUUGCAGGUCUCCAACUGGUUCAUCAAUGCAAGGAGAAGACUUUUGCCAGACAUGCUACGGAAGGAUGGGAAAGACCCUCAUCAAUUCACUAUUUCUCGCAAGAGCAAGUUCUCGGAAUUAAAUCCAUCUCGAAGCGGAGGCAGACCAAACCUAUUGGAGAGUUCUGCUUCCGCUGCCACCUCCACACUUUUGUCUGCAUCAUUUCGACCUUCCGUCAUUUGCCAUGCAACAACAUCAAUGGUUAAAGACAUGCCUUUACUCCUCUGCCCAGACUCCGGCGAUGACAGUAAGAAAACCACAAAACAGACUGACCAAGAGUUAGUUCGACCCCUGUUUAACACUGAUAACCCCACUACUUUGACGUGCACAGAUUCAAGCAGUCCUAAUAAUGGAUUGUUCAACACACCACCUCCCACUCCACCAGAGCUCCACCAGGACUUCAGUGGAUUUCAGCUGUUGGUGGAUGUGGCACUCCAGCAGGCUGCUGAACUGGAAUCUCAGAAACAGAAUAUUAAGAUUUCAUCUUAAACACGUGCAUCAAGGAACGUGGUAAAUAUCAGUAGAAGUGUAGAUAUCUGAGGAACCUUUCAGUUGGUUCCAGUCUGUGAAUGGGCAGUAGCAUGUUACUUAAAAUCUAUUCUGGAGAAAUGACUAUCAGAAUUCAUUUCUUAUGGCUGGAGAAAUAGCUUGAAAAGUCUGUGUGCUUAAACUCAAGGUUACUCUCUCAUGGCUGUCCAGUUGAUUGUAGACCCCUUGAAUUGAAGGGUUGCAAUAAUUAUUUUUAGUAGUAUUCUCAGAGGCUCCACUAUAGCUUUGCACUCUGCAAACUGUAGAUUAUAGGACUACAAAAUAGUUAGCAUUAGCAUUCUGUACUUUUGACUGCAAAUAUAAAUGAGCUAUAAUCGUACUUCAAAAACUGAAGGUUACCUUAAUUCGUUCAGGUUUUAUGUCACUGACCAACAUGUCAAGUUUAAAGAUUUUUUUAUGGUUGUUUUCCUUAAAUGACGCUGCUUUCGUUGAAACAUAUAUAUUGAGUACAAAACAAAAGUGCAGUGUCAAGGUAACCCAAAGUAGUGUGGAUGACCAGGAUGGAAAAUUGUCUUGCACGUUCUUUAAUCCUCAACCUGUGCAAAGUGUCUGAAUCAUAAGAUAUUAGAAUAUUUUUUCAUUUGUAUAUAAUGGAUCUUUACUACUGAGCUAAAGAAUUGUAACUUUAAAUUGUGGUUCUGUUAGAGGCAAACUGUAAGAUAAAAGUGGAACUUCCUCUAAUCACUACUCCAUAGAUUAUGAUUAUAGCAAUGUGACAUUAGCUCGGAAGUAUUCAUUUGUAACUUGAGUACAGAACUAUUAAAAAGGUAAACUAAUUUCUAUUUGUUAGUUCUAUCUGUGAAUGUAGCUAUCUGAUAUUUUUUACAUUUUUUUUAAAUGUAGUACAUUGUUAAAGGUGAUGUGAAAAUUCCUUUUUAAAUGGUAGUGCUAAGAUUUAUCUGAUGGUAGUCUGGGAUUCACAUAAGUUUUCAGAUUCUAUAACUUUCCAGAUUCUAUAACUUUCGUAGAUGAUGUUCAACCCAGUUACAUGAAAAAAAAUGUUGAGAAAAUCAUUUAGAAAAUGGAGAACCAGUGAUUUUAAGAUGCAAGUAAUACAAGCUGAUUUUCCUAUAACCCUUGCAUAUCAAUGUAAGAUUGAAGCAGAAACUGGCAACUUGAGCUGCCUUUCAAAUGAACCAUUCCUGCAAGCUGCAUUUAGGCAAAUUCGUGGAGAUGUUUUCAGACCAUUUAGUUUGAUCCUGCAGCUGCUUCGUAUAUCAGCCCUUUAUUGUAAAUCAUAUAUACAUGGCCAAACUCUGUACCUGGGGUUUUACAAAGGGGUUUUACAAAAAUGCUACUCAUGUUGGAAGCUUUAAAAAUUUGGUUCAGUGUUAAUGCAAAAAGGGGCUUUGCAGAUCAUGUAUAUAAGUGAGAUAAAUGCAAAUGUGCCUUAUGAUGGUGGUUUUUUUUUGUUACUAUGAAGGGACCACCCAACUAUUCAAGUCUUCAAUUUCAAUCUGUGCAAUAUUUAAAGGAGUUCUUACAACUCCAUUCUCUGUCUUACAGGAACAUUGAUCACAUCUGUGAAUUUUUUUUAAUACCACUCUAAUAAAAAUCUUGACGUUUGAUAAA